GGAAGCUCAUGCAGCGGGUAUUGUCUUCGCCAUGACUGAGAUAGAACUACUUUGACCUCGGCAGUGUUCUCGACGCGUAGUCGUGAUCAUGGCGAAACGCGCUUGAGUAUCACGAGAAGUCCUACACGAACGAACAAGGACCCCUCCCCUAGCCAUCGGCCCGAGCAAUCAACAGAGCUUCCUUUCGACCGAUUUCAACUUGCACGAAGAGUCGGGACAACAGAGACUCAAGUUGCACAACAGCUCCAACUGCCUUCCACAAGCUAUCGUUUCCUCAAACAUCUCACGAAUCACCACACACAGAGGGAACAACAGCCCACGAUGCCUUUCCCAGUCGACACACCACCUCCUCCAACCCCGACCUUUCUCAAAAUCACAUUCCCCGCCCCGCGGGUCGUGCUCGUGUGCAUGGACCGCCCGCGCGACCUCAAUGCCAUGUCCACCGCCGCGCAGUGGGAGAUGGACUCGAUAUGGAAGUGGUUCGACGACGAGCCGAGGCUCAGCGUGGCCAUCAUCACGGGGACCGGCCGCGCGUUCUCCGCGGGCGCAGACCUCAAGGAGUGGAACAGGUCCAUGGGCGACGAGGGGGAUCCGAACUCCCGCAUGGGCAACGCGCCCGCGUUCAAGCCCCUGAGCCGGAGGCUGGGCAAGAAGCCCGUCAUUGCGGCGGUCAAUGGCCUCGCGAUGGGCGGGGGCUGCGAGUUUGUCGUGAACUGCGACCUGGUCAUUGCUGCGGAGGAGGCGUACUUUGGGCUGCCAGAGGUCAAGAGGGGGAUUGCGGCGAUCGGAGGCGCGCUUCCGAGGCUGAUUCGCACGAUUGGUUUGCAGAGGGCGUCGGAGAUGGCACUUACAGGGAGGAACGUCUCUGCUAGGGAGAUGCAGAGCUGGGGCGUGGUCAACAAGGUUGUGCCCAAGGACGAUUUGCUCAAGGAGGCCGUCGGCUACGCGGAGGCGAUAGCGCGAAACAGUCCCGACGCGAUUAUUUGCACCAGGGCAGGCAUCAGGCAGGGCUGGGAGACUGCGAGCGUGGAGCGGGCUGUUGAAUGGACUCUGGAGAAGGAGUUUGCGGAACUACAGAAGGGCGAGAAUAUUCUCGAGGGACUGGCGGCGUUCUCUGAGAAGCGGGAGCCGCGGUGGAAAGCUAGCCGGCUGUGACAAAAUUACAUGGCUGAUCGUCACGAAACAGUAUUGACACCAAGUGCCAUGAGAUAUCCUCCGGAGAAUGCUGUGGGUUUGCCUACAAUGCAGACACGAACACAACUUGUUUGGAGAUACUUCAGUCUCUUGUCAGCGAUGCUCAC